AUGUCAGCAUUAUGCACCGGUAAAACAGUCGUCGUCACGGGAGCUGCUGGAUGCCUGGGCCAGGCCGUCGCUGUUGCCUUUGCCGCAGCGGGAGCCGAGCGAAUCGCAAUGGUAGACAACUUCAAUGCUUCGGAUACUUUUGAAAAGAUUUUAAAAGCCGCGCAAGACACUGGGAGACCAGCUCCAGAGCUGCUAUCAUUGCAUCUCGAAAUCGGUGAUGCUACGAGUGUUGACACUGGGGUUGCUGAAAUCCACUCGAGGUGGGGACAUGUCGAUAUUCUUAUCAACACAACAAGUCACAUGCCUCCGUGUGGUCUACAGCGACCUGUUCUAGAAAACAGCGACAUUAAUGUGUGGUGGGAGACUUGGGAGGUCAGCGUCAAAGAUGCGUUCAUUGUCGCUCGUGCUUUGCUGCCGCUCCUGCUCAAGGGAUCUGACAGGACGGUUGUCAAUGUCCUUUCAGCCAGCCCUUCUUUACCCACAUUUACAUCGGGAGCGCAGGAUUUGUCCGCUUUGGCCAUGAUGCGUCUCUCAGAAGGUUUGAUGCUCGACUACAGGAAAAUAGGGCUGUUGGCAUACUCGCUGCAGUUGGGACACUUUGAGGCAGAAGCUUUGGGAGAUUCAACGGAUUUCAUCACUUGGCUCAACGAUUUACAAGAGCUUGCAAGUGAAGCCCUGGUUUUACUGGCAAGCGAACGACGCGAGUGGCUCGGCGGCGGACAUAUUUACUGCGGGAAGAGUAUUUGCGAUGCUAUCUCUCGCAAUGACAAAAAUAUGCACAAUGAGUUGCUGAAACUAAGCACAUCUGUCGAUAAAAUUCCGGUUGCCGCUGGAAGGAGAAGAGGGCGCGUGCCGAGGUCCAGCUAUUAA